CGCUGUGCAGCCGCCCGCAGCGGCCGGCCAGGGCUAAGCGGCGCCAUGGUGGGCCCGGGCCCGGGCGGCGGGGCCGCGCUGGAGAAUGCCAACCCGCUCAUCUACCGCCGCUCCGGGGAGCGCCCGGUGACAGCGCGGGAGGAGGACGAUGAUUUGCCCGACACCAUCGACGACCGGGAAAUCUUCGAUCUCAUUCGCUCCAUUAACGACCCCGAGCACCCCCUCACCCUGGAGGAGCUGAAUGUCGUCGAGCAAGUGCGAGUGAAAGUGAAUGAUGCAGAAAGCACGGUGUCAGUGGAGUUCACUCCCACCAUUCCUCACUGCAGCAUGGCGACGUUAAUUGGCCUCUCCAUAAAAGUAAAACUGAUCCGAUCUCUGCCCGAGAGAUUUAAGCUGGAUGUUCACAUAACACCAGGAACACAUGCCUCUGAGCAUGCAGUUAAUAAACAGCUUGCUGAUAAAGAACGUGUAGCAGCUGCUUUGGAAAACUCUCACUUACUGGAAGUGGUGAAUCAGUGUUUGUCUGCUCGAUCGUAGUUGCCCAAUGAGGAAAUCACUGGUAUACUGCUGUGUUAAAUUAAUCCGAUUUUGGGGAAGAAACAAAUGCAAAUAUGUGCUAGGGGGAAAAACAGAAGGAUGACUAAUCUGCCAACAGAUUGCUUCAACCUGCACUCCCAGUACAGAAGGCAUCAGUAAAUUAAGUUUUGUUGAAUUUCUCUGCUUGGCUUUCUCCACUACAUUAUGAUAGCGUUAAAUAACUUAUUUGGAUGUUGGCA